AUUUCAAAACUGGAAAGAAAAGAAACAACAAAAAAGAUUAAAAUUUUCGGACUUUCUUGCUAUUGGCGUUUUUAAGCGAAUCGGUGCCGGCUCUCGGGCUCUGUUCUAUGCUCAAACUGGAAGUCCUUUUUGUUGCCUUCAAACAAGGUCCAAAAAGACACAACUAGCGGCACUUACACUUUCCACUUUUCACUCAUUAAAAAAAAACCCCACUGUUUCCCAACUUUUCCCUUCUCUUCUCUGCUUCCUUGUAUACGCAUACAGUACUACUUUCUUCUCGUAUUUGUAUUGGUUUAUAAUUCAGACUCCUGCAUUUCAUUUCACCAUCUCUUGGUUGGAACUGAAAUGCUGUGAGCACAGACACAGAACUGGAUUAAGAGCUCCAUCACAUUCCCUCCAAAGCGGUUCCCUCCCAUCCCAUCUUCAUCUCUUUGUUCAGUCCUCUUCUUUUUGCUUGCAGUUGCAGUCAUCUGGAGACAUACAAUUCUUACCAGCUAUUCUAUCAGUGAAAAUGGUGGAUACAAGAUCCUGGCAAUGGUUAUAUCUUCUUGUUUCGGGACUGCUGUUGUUCAAAACACAAGGAGGUUACAUCCAAAUUACCUAUGUUCAAAGUGCAGUAGCAAAAGGAGCCGUUUGUCUGGAUGGAAGCCCGCCAGCUUACCAUUGGGAUAGGGGGUUCGGAACUGGAAUUAAUAGUUGGUUAAUUCAGCUUGAGGGAGGAGGAUGGUGCAAUAAUGUGACUAGUUGCCUGGUUCGUAAAAAUACCCAUUUAGGUUCCUCCAAGAGAAUGGUCAAGCAAAUUCCUUUCUCUGGCGUAUUGAACAAUAAACAUCAAUUCAAUCCAGACUUUUACAAUUGGAAUAGAGUCAAAGUCAGGUAUUGUGAUGGAUCAUCAUUCACAGGCGACGUGGCAGCAGUCAAUCCAGUUACUAAUCUUCACUUCAGAGGUGCGAGGGUCUGGCUUGCUGUCAUGGAGGAUCUGUUGGGAAAAGGAAUGAGAAGUGCUGAAAAUGCUGUUCUUUCAGGAUGUUCGGCCGGCGGAUUGGCGUCCAUUUUGCAUUGUGAUAGCUUUCAAGCCCUCCUAACUAUGGGUACUAAAGUUAAAUGUCUUUCAGAUGCUGGUUAUUUUAUCAAUGCGAAGGAUGUGUCUGGAGGACAUUAUAUUGAAUCCUUCUUCAACCAAUUAGUAGCAACACAUGGAUCAGCAAAAAAUUUGCUUCCAUCCUGCACUUCAAGAAUGAGACCUGCUUUGUGUUUUUUCCCACAAUACAUGGCACAGCAAAUACAAACACCUCUUUUUAUUAUCAAUGCAGCAUAUGAUUCGUGGCAGAUACGAAACACUUUGGCACCGGUCAUUGCUGAUCCGAGUGGCUACUGGGAGAGCUGCAAGCUUGAUAUAAAGAACUGCUUGCCCAGCCAAAUCAAAACCAUGCAAAACUUCAGGUUGCAAUUCUUAGUUGCACUACUUCGACUAGGCAAGUCUGCAUCAAGAGGAAUGUUUAUAGACUCUUGCUAUGCCCAUUGCCAAACUGAGAUGCAAGAAUUAUGGCAAAUGUCAGACUCGCCACUGCUGAAUAAAACCACAAUUGCCAAGGCAGUUGGAGACUGGUUUUACGACCGGAAUUCAUUUCAAAAGAUAGAUUGCCCUUAUCCUUGCAACCCCACUUGCCACAACCGUGUUUAUGACCCACAGGCACAUUUAAACUACCCCGAAUUAUAGAUUUUCUCCGUCUACCUACAUACAUUCAUCUACAUAGAUAGUAGCAGUAUUAAUUUUUUUUUUAAUAUUAUAUAUAUAGAAAUGAUUUAGCUGGAAUCGUGAAAUGAAAUUUACCAUUGGUCAAGUCCUCCAAAUAAACAAAGACCACCACUGCACUGAACUUGUGUGUUGGGUGGCUCCAUUUUUUGUGUAUUCAAAUUAUUAUUUCUUAAUAAAUUACCUUGUU